UUUGAAAGAAUAUUUUGCCAAAGCCCUCGGACUACGACCUCCACCAAAACAAGUGUUAUCUACGGUUGACAUUGAAGGAAUAGCAAAACUGAUUUCAGAAGGAAAGGCUAAAAAUAUCAUUACAAUGGCAGGGGCCGGAAUCUCUACAUCUGCUGGCAUUCCUGACUUUCGAUCUCCAAAGACGGGACUGUAUGAUAAUCUGGAAAAGUUCAAUCUUCCAAACCCUCAGGCUGUCUUCUCCAUCGAUUACUUCAAGGAAAACCCAGUUCCAUAUUUUACAGUUAGGAAAGAAAUGCUGUUAGGAAAUUUCAAACCUACGCCAUGUCACUACUUCAUCAGAAUGCUAUCAGAGAAAGGAUUACUACUCCGUCAUUACACACAGAAUAUUGAUGCCCUGGAGCGGACUGCAGGGAUUGAUCCUGAUUUAAUGAUGGAAGCACACGGGUCGAACAGAGUUGGGCACUGUUUGAACUGCUCCUCAGAAUAUUCACACAAGUGGAUAAAAGAUGUUUUAAGGAAAGAUGGAAUUCCAAAAUGCACUGUAAAUGGAUGCACUGGGACUAUAAAACCAGAUACAGUCUUUUUUGGAGAGCAACUGCCAAAGAGGUUUUCGGAGCUUGUAGAACAGGACUUUGAUAAGUGUGAUCUGCUUAUUAUUUUGGGAACCUCGCUAAAGGUCCAGCCAUUUGCGAGGAUCACCAGCAGAGUCCCUGAUGAAACGCCUAGAUUGUACAUCAAUUUGGAGAAAAGUGGGACGGAGGCGAAUCACCCCCUGUGUGUCUUGGUCUUCGGUGGGGGAUUUAAGUUUGAUGACGAGGACAAUUAUCGAGACGUGUUCGUGGAAUCGGCGUGUGAUGAAGGUUGUUACAGACUGGCAGAUCUUCUCGGAUGGGGAGACGACUUAAGAGCUCUUGUUAAAAGGGAACAUGCGAAACUUGAGCUGGAGUUUGAAGAGGAAGAGAGGGCUUGGGCGGCUGAACAGGUUCCCGUCAGUACACCAGCUAACCAGAAGCCUUGUCAAAUCACUCAACAGCAGCAAAAGAAGAGCGUCACAUCAAAUAAAAAACAGAAACAGAAACAUUAUGCGACCAUGGACAGUGUUCCAGGGCGAGAUUUCCCAUACCUUCAUCAUGAAGCAAACUUCUGCCCCUCCCCUGACAUGGAAGAGAGACCCACCUCCAUUACUUACCCUUACUUAACCAACCCUGGUCAGUUCUCCAACUCUCAGUCAGCACCUGGUUUUCCAUAUCAGCGAUAUGAUGCCUCCCAGAAUCUAGACAGCCUCAGAUCUGCCACCAACCAUCCACACCCUCUUUUGUUUCCUGGAUCCCACACUCCAGAAGCUUCCAAGGAAGAACAGGCAGUUUCUCAGCUGGGUAACUUGGCAAGCAGUAAACUAGUCCCCAACAGUGCUGGUGGCAUUGACCUGAGUUCAACUUCACUACAGUCUGCUCAUCUAAAGCAUGGUGCCUUAGGUGCAGUGGGAGGAGUCCCUCACAGUUCUGUUACAGACAUUCAGACAAAGGUCUCCUCUUGUUAUAGCCCUUACUUUGGAAGCUAUAACAAUCACCAGGAAAUCCAACAAGCCACCUUAAACCAGUUGGCAGAAGGGCUGUCCUAUCUGCAACAUUCAAGACAUUUUUCAGAAGAGGUGUUUCCCCCUCAGCAGGGUGGAGAAAAUCUUUCAUAUGUUAUGGGCAGGACAAUCCAAGGUCACUCCAAAGAUGGAGGAGGCCUGGGAGUUUGUCAAGAGACCGUUGAUAGCAUGGCAUCUAAGGAAAAGAUACUGUCUCCAUCCUUCUACAGAUCACAUGAUGAGAAUUUUACCAAACAGAGUGCUACCAAAGGUUUAAUUGAUGAAAGAAAAUCUGUAGCUGCCAAAUUGUCUCACCUCAGGGGACACAACACUCAAACUUCACAGCAAAAUAAAUCUAUGCAAAAUACCCUAAAUCUUAGUCAAGGAAGAUCUCGAAAUUGCAAAGUGAAAUUCAUACUGAAAGGAAAUCUAGCAAGGCCUUAUCCGUUGUUGAUUAACAACCCCAAACCUUUUGUGGAUUAUUCAUUUGAUCCCGUAUACCAGUGUGAUGCUACUCUGUACGGUGAUGAUGUCUGCUUAAUGGACUCUGGUGUGCAGCACUUCUGGCCAUACCAUGACUCUAGAAGAAAACUUUCCAGACCUACAAAUCAUCAAGGAGAGUUUCCACAUGCUUCUUACAGUGAGGGAGAGGGAGAAGAGGAUGUGUCAUCAAAUCCGCUAGACUUCCUACGAGACUUUGUUUUGAAUGAAAAAGGACAGCUGAACAACAGUGAUCUCAAAAAACUGAAACAGAAGCUACAUCAACCAUUUGCAAUAACAUCUCCAAGUUUUAACAAGGCAACAGCACCAGCUGUCAUGACAACCACUGUGACAGAUAAUGCUACCAUGGUAACCAUAUCUAUUGCAAAUAAAAAGCAAGGAGUUCCUGCAAGAACUACCACAGUGGAUUCUGGGAUCCAAAGUGUAGUCCAAACUUCCAAUCAGAACAAAAAUUCUACAGACAAGUCCAAAGUUUUUCUAAAAGGUAGGAAAGAAGGGAAAGAAAACCAUAAUGAGUCUAUUGAACAGAGGUCAAAAUCUGAUAAGGAAGAAAACAAAGACAGACUAGAAAUAAAUAUAAGGAUUGAUGACUCUCAGUUAGUUCAAUGUGGUGAUCAAAAACGCUGGCAAUGUCACUUGUGUGAGAAGUCAUACACCACCAAACACAACCUGGUUACACAUAUCCUUGAUCACAAUGGCAUCAAACCCCAUUUGUGUAUGGUGUGUGGAAAAUAUUUCAAACAGUUGAGUCAUUUGAACACACACAUGUUAACACAUGACAACAUCAAGCCUCAUGUGUGCUGCAUCUGUUCCAAAAGCUUUACACAGGUAUCCCACUUAAAGAGACAUCAGGCAGUCCACUUAUCUGAGCAGCAUCCUCAUAGGUGUGACACUUGUGGAAUGGGAUUUGCCUUUCCUGGGGAGCUUCAAAUCCACAAAGAGAAACAUGAAAAAGGAGAGGAAAAUCGAUGUUCUGAAUGUGGAGAGGAAUUUGAUAGUCAGAGGGCACUAAAACUUCACGUGGGGUACCACAGGAAUUUUCCCAACCUUGUUUGUAAAUACUGUAACAAAUAUUUUAGAUAUCCAAGUCAGCUCAAAGACCAUCUUUUGUCUCAUGAGGGAGCAAGACCUUACAUAUGUUCUGAAUGUGGGAUGGAUUUCUACAAAGAGCACCACUUAAAAGUUCAUGAGUACACACACAGUGGCAAGAAACCAUGGGAAUGUCCACAUUGUGGCCGCUGCUUCAAUCAGAAAGCCAACAUGCAGCGCCACUUGCUGAUUCACAACGCUGAACGGAAAUAUAAAUGUGAGACUUGUGGGAAGACUUUUACACAGCCGCAGACUCUUAAAGCUCACAUGGUGGUCCACGCUGAAAAGAAACCAUUUGAAUGCCAGUUUUGUGGUAAACAGUUUGGGCGUCUUCAUAAUCUGCAGGGCCAUCUACACAUGCACAACAAUACCAAACCCUACAUAUGUUUCUGUGGGAGCUCUUUUACACUCAGAGGAAAUCUUAACCGCCAUAAAAAGGUAAAGCAUGGAUUGAAUGAGAGCACAGAGAACUUAGAAGAAGAAGCAGUAAGCUUUCUAAAUGAGUUGAGUGAUCGAACAAGGCCAGAGUCCGAGGCCAAAGUGAGAGGACAGGAGGAGAAUCUCUCAGAGACGAUAAACUCCGAAACGGAUGAUGAGAAAGAUUCGGAUCAGAGUAACUCAAGGACACCAAGGAAAGCUCGAAAAUCAAUACCUCGCAAGUAUACUUACAAACGUAGAACACACCAAGAUGUUUCGGAAGAUAAUUAUUCAGAGGAAGAAAAAGACACUGAAAUACAUGAGGAUGAGGAGAAAAGUAGUGAGGAGAGGAAGAAUCUCAGAAUGAGGAAGAGGAAGAAGUUUGAACCUGAGCGAGUGUACGCUUCAGAAAAUGAGGGCGAGGAAGAGGAAUAUAAUCCUGGUCAGAGUUCUGUCAGUAAGGUUGUUAAAAAAAGAAAAUCAUGACCAAAGAUUCUUCCAUAAAAGAUGAAGAUGUGAAGUUGAUGUAUUAUGUUUGUUUGUUAAGUUGAUGAAACAUGACUAGAGUAAAAUAACUCUGAUUAGAAAGAAAGAGAUUAAAGUACAAUGCACUCAGUUAAAGUCAUAUAUGGCAUAUUUUUCAGUUCAGAUUACCAAAAUUAAAACAAUCUUUCUAUUUGUUUUAUUACUUUAUAUAAAGAUAGGACUUUCCUGUAAAUUACACAAUUUAAAUCAAUCAUGUUUUAAAGAUAUUAAAAAAAUUAGCAAUAACCAGUUUAUUUACCAACUCCACAUUUAAAAAACAGACAAAGUUUGAAGUCGAUUUAACUAUAAAAAAGUGAAGUUUGGUGAAAAUUUUAAUUUAAACGUAAAUAACAUAUAUCAUGUAUUUUUACACUCAAUCUCGUAUUAUUAUUUUUUAGCUCAGAUAUGCCAUAUAUAUCUUUAAGUAAGUCUGAAAUGUAAAUGUUUAAAAGUAUGAUUUUUUAAAAAUUUAACAUUGGAGAAAGAUAAUUGAGAUUUAUAAUAUUAGGUCUUUGCAAGGUUGUAUCAAAAGUUUCAGAGAAGCAAGCAUUUUUAAUGUAGUAUACUGUUAGAGGAUAUGAGUGUGUAUCUAGAUUUUGGAGUGCUAUUUUUAUUUUUUUUAUAUAAAGAAAAAUGUGACUGAAAAAAGGUUUGUAUGACAUUAAAUUUUUUCAAAAUAAUUCAGUUUUUGUUAAUGAUAAUUGUUCAUUGGAUAACACUUUUUAAUUCUAUUUUAUGAUUUUGCUUAUUGUCAUAAAACUUAAGUUUCUGUGCUGUGUUUAUUACAUGUUGUUUAUUUUAGCUGAAUGGAUUGAUGACCAAAAGAUUUUGUGUGAUCUGGUACAAUGUCCAGCAUCUUUUGAGUUUUUAUUUGUCUGUAAAUAGUUUUCAAAAUUAAACUCUGACAAUUUUUAUGACUGAAUUUAAUAAAACUAAAACCUGCUUUACUAAGAGACUGCAUUAAAUACAUUAUUCUGUUGUCAAUGAUUAAUUCAGUAU